AUGAACAUUUUUCCGUUUCCGGUCAGGCCGAGAACGGAUGACGACUGGGAAGCAUGGCGUACGCAGAUAGAGCACUACUAUCACGACCAAGACUGUGAACUCAACGAGCUGAUAUCCAAGAUGAAGGAGCACGGACUAUGGGGAACACGCAAACAGUACAUGAAUCGCCUCAAACAGUGGGGAAUGCUCAAGAAUAUCAAGGCGGAAGAGUACGAGGCAAUUGUCCAGAUCCGAGCCAGGCGACAGGCUUUAGGAAAGCAGACUGCCUUUGUGGUGAGAAAAAGGCCUGUUUCCAAAUCCAAGAUUGAUCGAUAUGUCAGAAGGUCGAGGAGUCGCAGGAAAAAACCAGCCAGGCCAGCUGAAAACGUAAGCACCCCGCCAGAUGUCGAGUUUUGGACUCCUCCACUAUCGCGUGUAUCAACACCAAGUCCCGCCAAUCUUUCACCCACUAUUCUGUCUGAUGUCGCUCCAGCAUUGAGCACAUACAUUACAUCUCAAUCUGUUUCUUCGAAUAUACAUGAUACCAAACAGUCCGACUCUCCAUCUGCCAUCGCAACGUCACCACUAGAAAACAAAAAGAAAGUCAGUCUAGUUGUCGCCAGACAGCCUCUCAGAGUUGCAGGCCGUCGACCCAGCAUAGAAUGGCCCUACCUUGCUCAGUCCCUCGUCAUACCACAACCCCCGAAGACCCCCAUGUACAUCAACAUCACCCUUCCCGACACCCACAGACACACUCAAGGGAUUCUCCGUUCCAUCACCGAGACCAUCGACCGCAUGGCCCUCCCGACGCCCGUGUGCGACUGUGGCAUCACUCCGGUCCCCGACGCGGCAGGAUUCAACAAGGUCGGCUCGCCCGAGUGCUGCCGGCACGUGGGCGACAGCACGGCGGUGCCCGAGCGGGCCGACGAGUUCUUCCGGCUACUGUUCAGGGCGCUGUCGCUGCUGGCCGCCGACGAGCACAGCGUCGAGGGCCUACGCUUCGUCGACGCUUGCCUGUCCUGGCAGUUCCGCAGCAAGCGCUACGCCCUCUUCCGCCUCGGCAUGAUGUGCAUGAUGCAGGCGUACCUGCAGUUCCACGGCCGCCGCGGCAGCGCGAGGAUGCUCGCCACGAUCGCCGGGUUCACGAGGCAGCUCACGGCGACGAUGCUUGGGGAUGACACCAACCACCCCGUCGUUCGUACCCUGGCCACCAUGAGGGACUCGCUCAACUCGGGUAGUUUUAUUCAGCCCGAGGCUAUAAACCAGGCGUACGUCUUUCUUGCCGACGUGCUGUGGCGGGACUCGAAGCAUCGUUGGAGGUGGGGGCUUGGGUCGUUGACCUACCGGAUGGGCUACAUGAACACCGACACGGCACUCACUGCUGCAAUGCGGCAGCACCGUCUAGCCAUCUUGCAGGGUGCAGCUGCGUCUCUGAAAGGCUUUAGCGGCAGUGACGAGCGACCCCCUGAAGCCCUCGUCCCAGCAUAUCUUGACAUUGCCGCCGGCAUGGUGAGCAUCAAGCAGUUCGACCUGGCCGAGGCCCUCAUUGGCCCAAUUCGAAUCCCCGAAGAUGUACCCGUAGACUUUAAUGCCCAGUCUUGGUGCGUGCUGGCGCACAUCUUGGAAUACAGAGGGCAGUAUGGUGAUGCUGUGGAGAUGCUGGGAAAGGUCACUGAGGGUGCAGAGCCUUAUUUUCUUUCCCAUCUUCUCCAUCACCAGGCAUCGCUGUAUAGCAGGAUGGGAAACUCUACUGAAGCAGGCCAUCUGAGGAAGGAGGCGGUUCGGUUGGGAUUGGUGGUGGAGCAGAACACAAUGUUGCGUGCGGCACAAGAUGUUGUAUGA